CUCCUCCCGCCGGGGCCGCCGCGCCGCCCGCCGCCGGAGAUGGGGUCCCGCCCGCGCCGGGGCCAGCCCCUCCCGGGGUCCCCGGGCGCCCCGGCCCCUCGGUGACCGUCGGCGCUGGGGGUGCGGCCGCUCUCAGGAUGAAGGGCGGCGAGGGGGACGCGGGCGAACAGGCCCCGUUGAACCCGGAGGUGGACAGCCCCGCGGGCUCCGCCACGUACCGGGAGUUCGUGCACCGCGGCUACCUGGACCUCAUGGGGGCCAGCCAGCACUCCCUGCGGGCGCUCAGCUGGCGCCGCCUCUACCUCAGCCGGGCCAAGCUCAAAGCCUCCAGCCGCACGUCUGCCCUGCUGUCGGGCUUCGCCAUGGUGGCCAUGGUGGAGGUGCAGCUGGAGAAUGAUCAUGAGUACCCACCCGGCCUGCUGGUGGCCUUCAGCGCCUGCACCACUGUGCUCGUGGCUGUGCAUCUCUUUGCACUCAUGGUCUCCACAUGUCUGCUGCCCCACAUCGAAGCCGUGAGCAACAUCCACAAUCUCAACUCUGUCCACCAGUCACCACACCAACGACUCCAUCGCUACGUGGAGCUGGCCUGGGGCUUCUCCACUGCCCUGGGCACCUUUCUCUUCCUAGCCGAAGUUGUUCUGGUCGGUUGGGUCAAGUUUGUGCCCAUUGGGGCACCCAUGGCCAAACCAGCUCCUGUGGUACCUGUGUCCCAGGUGCCACCGGUGACCGUCUCCCUUAGUUUAGCUUCCAACCUCACACCGUCCUCUGCUUCUGUAGGCACAUCACAGCAGCCUUCCAAAGCCUGCCCACCCCGGCAAGUGUGUGGUGCUGCCCAUGGGCCAGGCUGGCAGGCAGCUAUGGCCUCCACAGCAAUCAUGGUACCUGUGGGACUUGUGUUUAUGGCCUUUGCCCUACAUUUCUACCGAUCCUUGGUGGCCCACAAGACAGACCGCCACAAGCAGGAGCUGGAGGAACUCAGUCGCCUGCAGGGGGAGCUGCAGGCUGUGUGAGCCUGGCUUUCCACUCUUGCCAACAUUGACUCCCUGUGUCUGCAAGAGACCCCAGGGAUCUCCAGACCUCAUUCCUUGCCCCAGACAGGAGCCACCUCCUAUAAAGUACUCUCAGGUAGAGGCCGAAUUCCUGCUCAGAGUCCCACACUCCCAGGGCUCUUCCCUGUUAUGUCCCAGUGGGGUUUGUAAGCUCCGCUGAUUGGCUGGAGGGUCUCAGUCUGAGGAGGCCCUCGUGGGGUCUUGAGUGGUGCCGAGCAGCUGCUUACUCCCCUGCAGAGAGGCGACAUGCCUGCACAACCGUCCUCCAAGGCAGUCAGCCCUUGCUUAUGUACGAUCUACUUUACAGUUGGCAUCCUGGGCGAGAUUUCACCUGUCACGGUUUGGUGGGUUCCCCAUCCCUGGUUUGACUGUUGUGGAGGAUCCGGGUGUUUGGUCCUAGGAUGAACCACUCCCCACUUGGUGGCUCGUGCCUGUCCCACUGACCUCAGCUCCUCUGGCUCAUCUUUGACUAGAGCUGGGGAGGAGGCAUCUCUGAGAACCGAGGGAUUGCGCUGCUUGCCUGACUCCUUGACAAGGGUUGGAUGAGUUUGUAAAGGAGAAAAUUCCGCCCCUAGAAUGCAGAGCUCUCCAGACACUGAAUUUUUGAUGCACCUUGUUUUGUUAAUAAAUUGUGUCUCACAAA